AGGCUCUUUCCCCGUUGUCCCACGCGGGCAGUCGGACCCCGCCGCGCCAGUUGACCAGCCGAGGAGGCACGCCACUAACGCCGCAGGGCACGGCUAGAACUGGUGCUGGCCGCCGCUGCCACCGCCGCCGAGCCCCCGGCUCCUCCGGGUCCUAGAGCGGUUCGCCGAGGCCCGUGCUUCCGCUUCCCGUCCCGCCCCGCGGCGCCCGGGACGUGGGCCGAGCCCCCUCCCGGCGUGGCGUGGAGCCCGUACCCGAGCCGCUGGCUGCUGGGUCCCUGUUGUACUGCAGGGAACAGGGCAGCGGGUGCCCUCGGAGUCACCAGGGCCGCGUCCCGGUCGUGGGCGGACGGUGCAGCGCGCUACACAGCCCUGGGGCGCCGAGCUUCGCGGCGCAGCGGACUUGGAGCGGCCGAGAGCCAGCGGCACAGGAUCUGAGAAUAUGGAGGCUUCUCCAGUGGAUGAGUUUGAACAUACACCACAGGAGAGGGAUGGCCCAGAGUUCAAGGAAGAGGAGCAGUUAGGCCCGGGUCAUGAAGUAGGAAAUGCUUCUCUAAAACCUGAAGGCAUUCAGAGCUGGGAUGACUUAUGGGUCCGCAGAGAGGGUCUUGGAAAGCAUCAGCCUCGAGAUGCAGUUCCCCGGGUCCUGGGAGAACCCAGAUGGGGACAGGGCAGUAAUGACCGAGCUGCGGUGUGUGGUGAGUGUGGCAAGAGCUUCAGGCAGAUGUCCGAUUUGGUAAAACACCAGAGGACUCACACAGGGGAGAAGCCCUACAAGUGUGGUGUCUGUGGCAAGGGCUUUGGGGAUAGCUCAGCCCGAAUCAAACAUCAACGAACUCACACUGGUGAGAAGCCCUAUAGGGUUCGGCCACCAGCCCCAGGUCCUCCCAAGAUGCCUCGGUCUCGGAUUCCUGCUGGUGAACGCCCCACUAUCUGUGGUGAAUGUGGCAAGAGCUUUCGGCAGAGCUCUGACCUGGUAAAACACCAGCGGACACACACAGGAGAGAAGCCCUACAAGUGUGGCAUCUGUGGCAAGGGCUUUGGUGACAGUUCUGCCCGAAUAAAGCACCAGCGAACACACAGAGGGGACCAGCUCCCCCGGCCAGUGGUUCCCCGACGGCAGCCCUCUCAGGCAGCUCCAGAAGCUACACACAGACCUAAGGCCCAGGACAAGCCAUAUAUCUGCACUGACUGUGGCAAGAGGUUUGUGCUAAGCUGCAGCCUACUGAGCCACCAACGCAGUCACUUAGGACCCAAACCCUUCGGGUGUGAUGUAUGUGGAAAGGAGUUUGCACGGGGCUCGGACCUGGUGAAGCAUCUGCGGGUACACACGGGUGAGAAGCCCUACCUGUGCCCUGAGUGUGGCAAGGGCUUUGCUGACAGUUCUGCCCGUGUGAAGCACCUCCGCACCCACAGUGGCCAGAGGCCUCACGCCUGCCCAGAAUGUAACCGCAGCUUUAGCCUCAGCUCCACUCUCCUCCGGCACCGCCUCACCCACAUGGAGCCCCAGGACUUUAGUUUCUCAGCCUACCCAGUAGCCCCGCUCAUCCCUAGCCCACCUCCACCUCCUCUUGGCACUAGCCCCUCACUGACGCCUCGAAGCCCCUCACAGUCCAGCGAUGGGCCUUUCGGCCUGCCUGGCUUGGAACCAGAGCCUGGGGGCCCGCAGGCUGGGGAACCACCCCCACCACUGGCAGGUGACAAGCCCCACAAGUGUCCUGAGUGUGGCAAAGGUUUCCGCCGAAGCUCUGAUCUGGUGAAACACCAUCGUGUUCACACAGGGGAGAAACCUUACCUCUGUCCUGAGUGUGGCAAGGGUUUUGCUGACAGUUCUGCCCGAGUCAAGCACCUCCGUACCCACCAGGGCGAGCGCACUAGACCACCACCACCACCUACUCUCCUGCGGCCUCAUAAUCCACCUGGUUCUGUACCCAUAGUCCCUCAGUCUCGAGUGCAGGGCCAGCCCUCUGGACCCAGCCAGCUUCAUGUGUGUGGCUUCUGUGGGAAAGAGUUCCCCCGGAGCUCAGAUUUAGUCAAACACAGGCGUACACAUACUGGGGAGAAGCCAUACAAAUGUGCCGAGUGUGGCAAGGGCUUCGGUGACAGCUCUGCUCGGAUAAAGCACCAGCGUGGGCAUCUGGCCUUAAGGCCCUUUGGGGUAGGGGAUGGUCUGCCAAUGCCCCUUCAGGAGGAGUCACCAGCAGGAAUGGAGUGACGGGGAGGGUAGGGAGGAUAGAAGCCCAGGGUUACGGUGCGGGGGUGAGGAGGACGUGAGUAGCUAGAAACAGAUUAGAGACUACAUAACUUUCAUGCUCAGGAAACUGUGUUAGGUGUUGGGACCUUGCCAGUAUGAGCUGUGUCACAGCUUCUAGCACAGAUUAGGCCCUUGAUUGUUGUAAAAUUGAUAAGCUGGCCUCAAUUCUAAAAUCCUACUGCCUCCUGUUAAGAACACACCCCUCAGCUGGACAGAUUUGUGUCCAAACUUUAGUUCUAGAAUUCAAGAGGCAAAGGCAGGCAGCUCUCUUGAAUUCAUGGCCAGGCUGAUCUAGAGAGUUCCAGGUAGGCCAGAACUUCAUGGUGAAACAGAAAACAAAAACCUUGAUCCUCCAACCUCAGUCUGGGAGAACAGAUUGUUGGAAUUUUAGGUGUCAAGACAAGGCAGAGGCAUCUUGACGCCCCUGAGGGUGAGGUAUUGCUGUGGAGAAAGCAGUUUUCACCUCUGCUGUGGGUCACAGGACAUGGUUUUAUCCAAGAAGGGCACUUUGGGAAAGAGCUUAUACCUGUAUGCUUUUGCGGGUCCUUCCCACUCAGACACUGGGACACUGAUGAAACAAGAGCCAGCAGGAGCACUCAGAUUCCCGUCUGGAUGCAAAGCCUAGGUCAUCUUGGACAUCUGCAAAGACAGCCUGCUGAGCAAGAGCAGGGCCAGUGCAGGCCAGAGAAGCUUCAAAUCUCCACGGCUAAGUGUUUGUCUGUCUCCUUAUUAAUAAAUAGCCCCGUGUCUGAGGUUUGCUGUG